AUGAAGUUAUUUUCUAUACUUAUUUUUCAUAAAACAAGUGAUAGCAAGGUGAAAUGUUUGAAAUCUGCUUUUGAUUUGACCAGCUUCAGUUUUUUCCAGCGUAGCUCUGUUCAGGAGUUUAUGAGUUUCACUGGAAAAUUGCUUGUUGAAAGAUCGGCCACGCCAAGUCGCAGUUCUGUCAAAGAAAACGAUUAUUACUGUCAUACGUUUGUUCGUGAAGACGGACUUUCGGCUGUUUGCAUAACGGAUUCUGAAUAUCAGUCUCGUGUGGCUUUCACAUUGUUAAGGCGGGUAUUGGAUGAUUUCGCAAGCAAAGUGCCAUCUUUUCAGUUGGUGCAAAUCAAAAAUGAAAAAGAUUGUUUGUAUACUGGUCUUCCAGAAUUACUUACUAAAUGGCAAAAUCCACGUGAAGCAGAUGCGAUGACUCGAGUACAGGAAGAAGUGGAAGAAACGAAAGUUGUUUUACAUAAUACGAUACAAUCAGUAUUAGACCGUGGUGAAAAACUAGAUGAUCUGGUUGCAGCUAGCGAAGGAUUAUCAAAUCAGAGCAAAUUGUUUUACACACAGGCGAGAAAAAUGAAUAAAUGUUGUAGCUGGACAUAA